AAGAUUGAAUAUAGAGCAGCAGAAUUUCAAGUAAUCUGGCUUGAUGUGCAUACAGAAGGAAUGAAGCAUGGAUGUGAAGGAACGCAGACCAUAUUGCUCCCUAACAAAAAGCAGAAGAGAGAAGGAACGGCGUUACACAAACUCUUCAGCAGAAAAUGAAGAGUGCAGAGUGCCUACACAGAAGUCCUACAGCUCAAGUGAAACCUUGAAAGCUUUUGAUCAUGAUUCCUCCAGAUUGUUGUAUGGAAACCGGGUAAAAGACUUGGUCCACAGGGAAUCAGAUGAGUAUAGAGGACAAGGACAGAAUUUUACCCUAAGGCAGUUAGGAGUUUGUGAACCAGCAACUCGAAGAGGACUGGCAUUUUGUGCUGAAAUGGGGCUUCCCCACAGAGGUUACUCUAUCAGUGCAGGGUCAGAUGCUGAUACUGAAAAUGAAGGAGUGAUGUCUCCAGAGCAUGCCAUGAGACUUUGGGGCAGGGGGGUCAAAUCAGGCCGCAGUUCCUGUCUCUCAAGCCGUUCCAACUCAGCCCUCACAUUAACAGAUACCGAGCAUGAAAACAAGUCCGACAGUGAGAAUGGCACUACUGCUCAGCCCACCCUAUGUUGGAAUGCUGCAUAUCAUGAUGAGGAUCUGAUCCUGACUGGAGAUACUGAAUGCCACCAAAAUACAAGUCCUCCCAUGCCAUCCUCUUCAUCUAGUCAAUCCGUUAUUGAGCAUUUACAUUCCCCUCCUCCAUCACCUAAUCUCCAUGACAACCAGAGAUGGUUGCUAAGUACUAGUGCUAUCCAGCCAGUUCAGGACUCUGACACUGAUGAGGACUAUACUGCCAGCUCUUACCUAGUACAGACCGGUCCUGUUUCAGUUUUUGCCUCAGGUCAUGAGCAACCUCCAAAUAACCAAGGCCAGUCGACCCUGCAACCUUUGCCACCUUCUCACAAGCAGCAUUCAGCACAGCAUCACCCAUCUAUCACCUCCCUUAACAGAAACUCACUGACAAAUAGGAGGAACCAGAGUCCGGCCCCGCCGGCUGCUUUGCCCGCCGAGCUGCAAACCACACCCGAGUCGGUCCAGCUGCAGGACAGCUGGGUCCUUGGCAGUAAUGUGCCACUGGAAAGCAGGCAUUUCCUAUUCAAAACAGGAACAGGGACAACACCACUGUUCAGCACUGCAACACCGGGUUACACAAUGGCAUCCGGCUCUGUUUAUUCGCCUCCUACACGGCCACUACCUAGGAACACCUUAUCAAGAAGUGCUUUUAAAUUUAAGAAGUCUUCAAAAUACUGUAGCUGGAAAUGUACAGCACUCUGUGCUGUAGGGGUCUCUGUGCUACUUGCAAUACUACUAUCUUAUUUUAUAGCAAUGCAUCUAUUUGGCCUCAACUGGCAGUUACAACAGACUGAAAACGACACAUUUGAAAAUGGAAAAGUGAAUUCUGAUACUGUGCCAACACACACCGUAUCAUUACCUUCUGGUGAAAAUGGAAAAUUAGGAGGAUUUGCACAAGAAAACAAUACUAUAGAUUCUGGAGAACUUGAUAUAGGCCGAAGAGCAACACAAGAGGUUCCUCCUGGGAUCUUCUGGAGGUCACAAGUCUUCAUUGAUCAGCCACAGUUUCUAAAAUUCAAUAUCUCCCUUCAGAAAGAUGCAUUGAUUGGAGUGUAUGGCCGAAAAGGCUUACCACCUUCGCAUACUCAAUAUGACUUUGUUGAACUUUUGGAUGGGAGCCGGUUGAUUGCAAGAGAACAGCGUAACCUUCUUGAGACAGAAAGAGCAGGUAGACAGGCAAGAUCUGUCAGUCUUCACGAAGCAGGUUUCAUUCAGUAUCUGGACGCUGGGAUCUGGCAUCUGGCUUUUUACAAUGAUGGGAAAAAUGCAGAACAGAUUUCAUUUAAUACUAUUGUCAUUGAGUCUGUGGUGGAAUGCCCCCGCAAUUGCCAUGGAAACGGAGAGUGUGUGUCAGGAUCAUGCCAUUGUUUUGCUGGAUUUCUGGGCCCUGAUUGUUCAAGAGCAGCCUGCCCAGUAUUGUGCAGUGGUAAUGGGCAGUACUCCAAAGGACGCUGUCUUUGCUACAGUGGCUGGAAAGGUACAGAGUGUGAUGUGCCUACCACCCAGUGCAUUGACCCUCAAUGUGGGGGUCGUGGGAUUUGCAUCAUGGGCUCUUGUGCUUGCAACUCUGGAUACAAAGGAGAAAACUGUGAGGAAGCUGACUGUUUAGAUCCAGCUUGUUCAAAUCAUGGUGUCUGUAUCCAUGGAGAGUGCCACUGUAAUCCAGGAUGGGGUGGUAGCAACUGUGAAAUACUGAAGACUAUGUGUCCAGACCAGUGCUCCGGCCAUGGCACAUAUCUUCAGGAAAGUGGCACUUGCACUUGUGACCCUAAUUGGACUGGUCCUGACUGCUCCAAUGAGAUCUGUUCUGUUGAUUGUGGCACACAUGGGGUUUGCAUGGGUGGAACAUGUCGUUGUGAAGAAGGGUGGACUGGCCCAUCCUGCAAUCAAAGAGCAUGUCAUCCUCGGUGUGCUGAGCAUGGGACAUGUAAAGAUGGGAAAUGUGAAUGCAGCCAAGGCUGGAAUGGUGAACACUGCACUAUCGCUCACUAUUUGGAUAAAAUAGUUAAAGAGGGAUGCCCUGGCCUGUGUAAUAGCAAUGGAAGAUGUACUCUGGACCAAAAUGGCUGGCAUUGUGUUUGUCAGCCAGGAUGGAGAGGAGCCGGAUGUGAUGUCGCCAUGGAAACUUUAUGUACUGAUAGCAAGGACAAUGAAGGAGAUGGGUUAAUCGACUGCAUGGAUCCUGACUGCUGUUUGCAGAGUUCCUGCCAAAACCAACCCUUCUGUCGUGGACUGCCUGACCCACAAGAUAUCAUCAGCCAAAGCCAGCAGUCACCAUCUCAGCAAGCUGCUAAAUCCUUUUAUGAUCGGAUCAGUUUUCUCAUAGGACCAGACAGUACCCAUGUCAUUCCUGGGGAAAGCCCUUUCAAUAAAAGUCUUGCAUCUGUCAUAAGAGGCCAAGUAUUAACAGCAGAUGGAACACCGCUAAUUGGAGUUAAUGUUUCCUUUUUACAUUAUCCAGACUAUGGGUACACAAUCACGCGUCAAGAUGGAAUGUUUGAUUUGGUGGCAAAUGGUGGUGCAUCUUUAACUCUGGUGUUUGAACGAUCACCAUUCCUUACUCAAUACCACACAGUUUGGAUACCAUGGAAUGUUUUCUAUGUCAUGGACACUCUUGUCAUGAAAAAGGAAGAGAAUGACAUUCCCAGCUGUGAUCUGAGUGGAUUUGUGAGACCAAACCCUGUCAUUGUAUCAUCACCUUUAUCUACCUUGUUCAGAAUUUCUCCUGAGGACAGCCCUAUUAUUCCUGAAACACAGGUACUACAUGAAGAAACAACAAUCCCAGGAACAGAUUUGAAAUUGUCGUAUUUAAGCUCCAGAGCUGCAGGAUACAAAUCUGUUCUUAAAAUCACCAUGACACAGUCAGUGAUACCAUUUAACUUAAUGAAAGUUCAUCUCAUGGUUGCAGUAGUGGGAAGACUUUUUCAAAAAUGGUUCCCUGCAUCUCCAAACUUGGCUUAUACAUUCAUAUGGGACAAAACUGAUGCAUAUAAUCAAAAGGUCUAUGGUCUAUCUGAAGCUGUUGUAUCUGUAGGUUAUGAAUAUGAAUCUUGUUUGGAUCUAACACUAUGGGAAAAACGGACAGCCAUUUUGCAAGGCUAUGAAUUGGAUGCUUCCAACAUGGGAGGCUGGACGUUGGAUAAGCAUCAUGUGUUAGAUGUUCAAAAUGGUAUCCUCUACAAAGGCAAUGGGGAAAAUCAGUUCAUCUCUCAGCAGCCACCAGUUGUCAGUAGUAUAAUGGGCAAUGGUCGGCGACGUAGCAUUUCUUGCCCGAGUUGCAACGGUCAAGCAGAUGGCAAUAAGCUUUUGGCUCCAGUUGCCUUGGCUUGCGGAAUUGAUGGAAGCUUGUAUGUAGGUGAUUUCAACUAUGUUCGGCGGAUAUUCCCAUCUGGAAAUGUAACAAGUGUUCUUGAGCUAAGAAAUAAAGAUUUUAGACAUAGCAGUAACCCAGCUCAUAGAUACUACCUUGCAACUGACCCAGUAACAGGAGAAUUAUAUGUUUCUGACACGAACACUCGAAGGAUUUAUCGUCCAAAGUCACUCACUGGGACAAAGGACCUGACAAAAAAUGCUGAUGUGGUAGCAGGGACUGGAGAGCAGUGCCUUCCAUUUGAUGAAGCAAGAUGUGGCGAUGGUGGCAAAGCUGUAGAAGCAACUCUCAUGAGUCCCAAAGGAGUAGCAAUAGAUAAGAAUGGUUUAAUCUACUUUGUUGAUGGAACCAUGAUCAGAAAAGUGGACCAGAAUGGAAUAAUAUCAACCUUACUUGGCUCAAAUGACCUGACUUCAGCACGACCUCUAACAUGUGACACCAGCAUGCAUAUUAGCCAGGUGCGUCUGGAGUGGCCAACAGAUUUAGCUAUAAACCCAAUGGAUAACUCCAUAUAUGUGUUGGAUAACAAUGUAGUUCUUCAGAUUACUGAAAAUCGGCAAGUCCGUAUCGCUGCUGGACGGCCAAUGCACUGUCAAGUCCCUGGAGUGGAAUACACAGUAGGAAAGCAUGCAGUACAGACCACUUUAGAAUCAGCAACAGCUAUUGCUGUAUCUUAUAAUGGGGUGCUUUACAUUACAGAGACUGAUGAAAAAAAGAUUAACAGAAUAAGACAAGUUACAACAGAUGGAGAAAUCUCGUUAGUUGCUGGAAUACCUUCGGAGUGUGAUUGCAAAAAUGAUGCUAAUUGUGACUGCUAUCAAAAUGGAGAUGGUUAUGCUAAAGAUGCCAAACUUAAUGCUCCAUCUUCCUUAGCUGUAUCACCUGACGGAACAUUGUACAUUGCAGAUCUUGGAAAUAUCCGGAUACGAGCUGUGUCAAAGAACAAACCAUUGUUGAAUUCAAUGAAUUUUUAUGAAGUUGCCUCUCCAACUGAUCAAGAACUCUAUAUCUUUGAUGUCAAUGGGACUCAUCAGUACACGAUGAGUUUAGUCACAGGAGACUAUUUGUACAAUUUUAGCUAUAGCAAUGACAAUGAUGUAACUGCGGUAACUGACAGUAAUGGAAAUACCCUUCGUAUUAGACGGGAUCCCAACCGGAUGCCAGUAAGGGUGGUAUCACCUGAUAAUCAAGUCAUCUGGUUAACUAUAGGAACCAAUGGAUGUUUGAAAAGUAUGACAGCUCAAGGACAGGAGCUAGUCUUAUUUACUUAUCAUGGCAACAGUGGACUAUUGGCAACUAAAAGUGAUGAGACUGGAUGGACAACUUUCUUUGAUUAUGACAGUGAAGGGCGACUAACCAAUGUUACAUUUCCAACUGGAGUGGUAACCAACCUGCAUGGGGAGAUGGAAAGAGCCAUUACAGUUGAUAUUGAAUCAUCUAGCAGAGAGGAAGAUGUCAGCAUCACUUCAAACCUAUCAUCAAUUGAUUCUUUCUAUACGAUGGUCCAAGAUCAGUUAAGAAACAGCUACCAGAUUGGAUAUGAUGGGUCCCUAAGAAUUAUCUAUGCCAGUGGCCUGGACACACACUAUCAGACAGAACCACAUGUUUUAGCUGGCACUGCCAAUCCUACAGUAGCAAAAAGAAAUAUGACUCUUCCUGGAGAAAAUGGACAGAAUCUAGUGGAGUGGAGGUUCCGAAAAGAACAAGCCCAAGGCAAAGUCAAUGUGUUUGGCCGAAAGCUCAGAGUUAAUGGUAGGAACCUCCUUUCAGUUGACUUUGAUCGGACCACAAAGACAGAGAAGAUCUAUGAUGACCACCGUAAAUUUCUGUUGAGGAUUGCCUACGACACUUCAGGACAUCCAACUCUAUGGUUCCCAAGCAGCAAGCUUAUGGCUGUCAAUGUUACCUAUUCAUCUACAGGUCAGAUUGGCAGUAUCCAGCGAGGAACUACUAGUGAAAAAGUAGAUUAUGACGGACAGGGAAGGAUUGUAUCUAGAGUAUUUGCAGAUGGCAAAACAUGGAGUUACACGUACCUUGAAAAGUCUAUGGUCCUCUUACUACAUAGUCAACGGCAGUACAUUUUCGAAUACGACUUACUGGAUCGACUUUCUGCAAUAACCAUGCCCAGUGUCGCCCGCCAUACUAUGCAGACAAUCCGUUCCAUUGGCUAUUAUCGGAACAUCUACAACCCCCCUGAAAGUAAUGCCUCUGUCAUCAUGGACUACAAUGAGGAAGGACAGCUAUUGCAAACUGCUUUCUUGGGCACAAGUCGAAGAGUUUUAUUCAAAUACAGAAGGCAGACCAGGCUCUCCGAAAUUCUGUAUGAUAGUACAAGAGUCAGUUUUACUUAUGAUGAGACAGCAGGAGUUCUGAAAACAGUAAACCUCCAGAGUGAUGGUUUUAUCUGCACCAUUAGAUACAGGCAAAUUGGCCCAUUGAUUGACAGGCAGAUUUUCCGCUUUAGCGAGGAUGGAAUGGUAAAUGCCCGAUUUGACUACAGCUACGACAAUAGCUUCAGAGUGACUAGCAUGCAAGGUGUUAUCAAUGAAACUCCAUUGCCUAUUGAUCUUUACCAGUUUGAUGACAUCUCUGGAAAAGUUGAACAGUUUGGGAAAUUUGGGGUGAUAUAUUAUGAUAUUAACCAGAUAAUUUCAACAGCUGUAAUGACUUACACAAAGCAUUUUGAUGCCCAUGGUCGCAUAAAGGAAAUUCAGUAUGAAAUAUUCAGAUCACUUAUGUACUGGAUUACAAUUCAGUAUGAUAACAUGGGCCGAGUAACAAAAAGAGAAAUUAAAAUAGGGCCAUUUGCUAACACAACCAAGUAUGCAUAUGAAUAUGAUGUUGAUGGCCAGCUGCAGACUGUUUACCUGAAUGAGAAAAUAAUGUGGCGAUACAACUAUGACUUGAAUGGCAAUCUGCACUUGCUCAAUCCAAGUAAUAGUGCCCGUUUAACACCACUUCGCUAUGAUCUGAGAGACAGAAUCACUCGACUAGGUGAUGUUCAGUACCGGCUAGAUGAGGAUGGAUUCUUGCGACAGAGGGGUACAGAGAUAUUUGAAUACAGCUCAAAGGGCCUCCUCACCAGAGUUUAUAGCAAAGGCAGUGGGUGGACAGUGAUAUACCGUUACGAUGGACUUGGAAGACGAGUAUCCAGUAAAACCAGUCUGGGGCAGCAUCUUCAGUUUUUCUAUGCAGACCUUACAUAUCCAACAAGGAUAACUCAUGUGUACAACCAUUCAAGUUCUGAAAUCACCUCUCUCUACUAUGACUUGCAAGGACACCUAUUUGCCAUGGAGAUCAGCAGUGGAGAUGAGUUCUACAUUGCCUCAGACAAUACUGGCACACCACUAGCUGUUUUUAGCAGCAAUGGUCUUAUGCUAAAGCAAAUUCAAUACACAGCAUAUGGUGAAAUCUAUUUUGACUCCAACCUUGAUUUCCAGCUGGUGAUAGGAUUCCAUGGAGGCCUUUAUGACCCUCUGACAAAAUUAAUUCAUUUUGGCCAAAGAGAUUAUGACAUUUUAGCAGGCCGUUGGACUACACCUGACAUUGAAAUUUGGAAAAAAAUAGGAAAAGAUCCCGCUCCUUUUAAUUUAUACAUGUUUAGAAAUAACAAUCCAGCCAGCAGAAUACAUGAUGUGAAAGAUUAUAUCACAGAUGUUAACAGCUGGCUGGUGACAUUUGGUUUCCACCUGCAUAAUGCCAUCCCAGGAUUUCCCGUGCCAAAAUUUGAUUUAACAGAGCCCUCCUAUGAACUUGUGAAGAGUCAGCAGUGGGAUGAUGUACCGCCAAUUUCUGGAGUGCAACAACAAGUGGCAAGGCAAGCAAAGGCUUUCCUGUCCCUAGGAAAGAUGGCAGAAGUCCAAAUCAGCAAGCGCAGACCUGGUGGUGAGAAAUCAUGGUUGUGGUUUGCAACUGUGAAGUCUCUGAUUGGAAAAGGGGUUAUGCUGGCUGUCAAUCAAGGCAAAGUGCAGACUAAUGUGCUCAACAUUGCAAAUGAGGAUUGCAUCAAAGUGGCAGCUGUUCUGAACAAUGCGUACUACUUGGAAAACUUACAUUUCACGGUCGAAGGGAAGGACACACACUACUUCAUCAAGACCACCUCACCAGAGAGUGACCUAGGCACACUGAGACUGACGAGUGGCCGGAAGGCCCUGGAGAAUGGCAUCAACGUCACUGUUUCCCAGUCCACCACUGUAGUGAAUGGCAGGACUCGUAGGUUUGCUGAUGUUGACAUGCAGUACGGCGCUCUGGCUCUUCAUGUCCGCUAUGGCAUGACUCUCGAUGAAGAGAAGGCACGGAUAUUAGAGCAGGCUAGGCAAAGGGCUCUCUCCAAUGCCUGGGCCAGAGAACAACAGAGAGUGCGAGAUGGAGAGGAAGGGGCAAGGUUGUGGACAGAAGGGGAAAAGAGGCAACUGCUGAGUGCUGGAAAAGUGCAAGGAUACGAUGGGUACUAUGUACUCUCCGUGGAGCAAUACCCCGAAUUAGCAGACAGUGCUAACAAUAUACAGUUCCUGAGGCAAAGUGAGAUUGGAAAGAGGUAACACCCUGGUGGAGCCGGGGCUGCCAAAGAGACUGCCUCUGUGCCAGGGUCUUCAAAGAGGGAGACCAAACUGUUUUGCUGCAUUACUACUUGAGCCUAAACAUACACCUUUGCUCAGAUUUUUCUGUAGCACAAUCUGAACAGACUCUACAACAAAGAGAGAGCCUUCCAGAAGAAGGAUAUUGCGAAAAAGAAAAACUGGGAUUUUUUUUCUGAAUGACCUUAAAGGUGAUCUGCUUUAAAGAAUAUGUUUACAUAUGCAUAUCGCUGCACUCAAGUUGAACUGAAAGUAUUAAAUGAAAGACCUGAAGGGGUUGCAACAGGCUGCCUAUUCCUUUGAGGCACUGUCUUUAACUAAGAAACAGUUCCGUACAGUGUUUCCAAAUAUUACUAAAUUGUUGACCUUUGCUUACAAGAAAUAUUCUCUCUCUUUCUCCUCCUCUUCCUCUAUUUUGCUCUCUUCCUCUCUCUGCAUAGGAUGUGGUAUAUAUCUCCGUUCAUUUUAAAAUGUGGGGCAAAAAUUCUUGUUCAUGGACACCCUGGUGGCUUUAAACUGUGCUGCUUUCUAAAAGGACAUUGGCACAAGCGAUUUAUGCUACAAUGAGAAUUUAAUAAUGGAUUUUACAGUGAUAAUGGGGUUUGCCUUGGGGGAAAAUGGCAAGUAGAAUCCUUGUCACAGAGAAGCAAAGGAAACCUUGAUUUUUUUUGUAAAUUAUGUGAGACAAGUUGUUUAUGGAUUUUUAUAUGAAUUACAAUUUACUGUACAUCAAAUAUUAGUCUCAGAGGAGUUAAUUUAUGUAAAGUGUUUAAAAAAGUUUAUACUUAAAAUAAAAUGAUAAAAAUGUGCAGUGUGUGAAUUUUUUUAAAGGAAUUGCACCUUUUGUUAUGUUAUAGCUGUACAGUAUAAAGAGUUAUAUUGUAGAGAUAUAACAGUGUAUAACUAAUGGACAGAAGUGUUAAUAUUUUUGUAUUAGCUUUAAAAUGGUGCAUUUUUCUCUUUCGAUCACUCCUCUGAAAGGAUGGAGUGGUCCCAAAUGCAUAGGUAAUCGGGCUGCAGCUCCUUUUGCAUUCUCUACCCUUGCUGGCCCCUCAGCCCAUGAGGUUUCAUCUCUCACUGCUGGGAGGGAAAGCAAUUCAUUAAGAAUCAUUUGAUAGGACAGAAGACUUUGUAGGCUGGACUUGCCUUGUCCUCCCCUGCCUGAAAGGUGUACUUAAUCAUGUUGCAGCUAUAUUGUGCAUUUUUUGAAUGUGGGAUGUGAAGCUGUGUAAUGUGAUGACAGGAACAAUCCUAGCCGAGCUUAGGAUUGCUGCUGCCUCAAUGUGCAUGAAUGGCAAGAUGGUGGAGUUCUUGCCCCCACAGUUACACAGUCCCCAAGGUGGGUCUUUCACCUUUGGCUUCUCUGUGAAAGAGAUGUUUUCAGUGGCUCGGUUCUCAUGAUCCCUGAAAAAAAAGAAGCCACUCAGUGACCAUGGAGAUCUGGCUAGUUUUUCACUGGAAGAUAGCAGAAACUUAGCAGCAUUUGUAACACAAGUAGACACAUGAAUAACAAAUUUAAAUAAAUAUCCCAGUUUUUAAAGCCCUUAUUGACCAAAGAGAGCCACUAUGACCUUUGCAAAGGGAAAGAGAGAGUUUUAGCUUAGUGCCUAAUCAGCAUCAGAAGGCUACCAUAAAGAUUGUUAAGACUUGCCCCUAAGGACAGUCAAAUCUAAUGUAUUAGCAUUUGAGCGCUGCACACAGCAGAGCUUAACUUUGGUCAUAGCAUAGCUUUUUUGAGCCAGGUGUCUGUAUUGGCUCACUACUGUAAAGGACCAAACAUGACAACAAAGGGGAUGAUUCUGAAUGGUUCCAAGUGCAUCUCUUUCACUGCUGAGUAACCACUAUCUGCUGCCCCACAUCUGGAGGCAGAAAUAGAGUUUCUAUGCCAAAUUGUAGGGCUUUUCUAGCAGGCUUGACCCCUACAGCAUCUCUCUCUUAUGUUGUUGUUUUUACCAGAAAGACAACUGUGUCACUUACAAUGCCCGAUAAUUGUUGUCAGAGGGAUCUACACCAUGCUAUGCCUGCAGUUUCUCAACAUAUUCCCUCUAUUUCAGUAGCACAAAACUGACUCACUCUUCCAACAUUCUGAGAUUCUCGGCUUCCUUUUCCCCCCUCAAACUCUACCUUGUAACCUCUUUUUCAAAAUGUGCAAUGCCUCCUGCUCAGGCUUCUUGUGCCAGGAAAGCUGCACUAAAUCAUUCCUUGAUUCCUCCUCAUCAAUUUUUAUAAAUAUGCCAUUUCUAAAAAGCUCUCUACUUGCAAUUGGAAUGGAUUGUGCAUGAUUCCAAAAUACACUUAGGUUUUGCAUUGUUUGUAAGUGGGGAGGGAACAGACGAAGGGACACAGCGUUAAUUUAUAGAUGCUGCCUCCCAUAUCCCUCAGUAUUUUUGAGCAAAAGCCCUUGUACCUAUGUGCUGUUUUCAGCAGCAAAAUGUUUUCAGAUACUCAUUACUUUGGAAAAUAUGGUUACUUUUCAUUGUGCUGUACUCUAUAUUCAGAAUGGUAAUAAAUGGCAGGUGAAUGUGUCUUGAACAGGGAGUAAUGUGGAUAGAAUAAAAAUAGUUUUCUAACUGCUUUCUGCACUGAGAUUCUAUAGUAUUCUGUGUGCUCUCAACUGCACAGUAGGAGUCUUGUCAAACAGGCUGUGAGUAGGUCAAGCAAGUUACUGAAGCCACAUUAUCAAUGCUAUUACUAUCACUAUCCCCUUGGGUAGAACCUGUGGAACUGCUGACAUUUAGAACAAAAGCUGUUAUUUUAUUAUAGUUAAAGUACAAAUAAAUGGCUAUGUUCUUUUUAUUUUUCAACCAUCAAGCAGCCCAAAUUUAGCAAACCACUGAUGAGUGCCAUUGUUUCCCAUUUUAUUUUAAAUAUGGGAAAUGAAAAAGGGGUUUACAAGGCAUUAGGAUUUCAGAGCGCUGUAAAUGCUACUUGUGGAAUUAGGCUCAUACUCAAAAAUGUAGAGGAGUAUUAUUCUAUUGAAUUACUACAAAAAUAUCCUGUAUUUAACAUGUCAGAAUGGAACUUUCUCAUUCUCCUGCAUUUUGGCAUCAGUACCCCCAGACUAAAGAAUCCCUUGAUGCUCAUCUUAAAUGCAGCCUAAUUGGCAGCCUUGUUAGUAGGUGUAUAGUAAGCCGUUUUCAUACUAAAAAAAUAAAACCCAAAACAGAAACCUUCUGAUACAGACAGUCUCUUACAUGAGGCAGUGACUAUGGGGAAUAACUAAACAAAUGCUCUUUUUAAAAAAAAUAUAAAAAUGAAAUAUUGUAUUAAAAUAAUUAGCCUACAGGAAAAAAAGAUUCAGAGUAUUUUAGGCAAAGCCAGUCAAAAUGCUUUCAUGCUAUUUUGAAAUGUAAAUUUUGUCUGAUUUGUAUUGUUCUUUUAAUUUGCCUUCCUAACUUUAUAUGUGUCCUGAAUUUUUCCACAACUUGAUGACUAUAGAUUGCA